AUGGCGUAUCGAACGGCAACUCAUGCUUCUACGCAUUUUACUCCCGCGCGACUAAUGAUUGGACGAGAAAUUAGAACCCCAAUUGAUUUAGUUUAUGAACGACCCGAUCCGGAAGUUGUUGAGAGUUACUCUACCUACGUUCGAGAACUGCAAGAAAAUUUGCAAGUAACACAUGAGUUCGCGCGAAAGUAUAUUGAACAAAGCUUUGAGUCGAUGAGAAAACGUUAUGACGUGGACAGUUCGGCAUGUAUAUUUAACGAAGGUGAUCAAGUUUGGUUGUAUAAUCCCCGCAAGAAGAAAGGAAGAAGCGUUUGCGACCUUGGGAAGGACCGUAUGUUGUCAUUAAACGGUUGA